CACGCAUCCGCACAUUCAGCCGCCCAGCACGGGGGUUCGGUGAAAUGAGGCAAAACCCCAUGAUGGGAGGGGAGGGGGCCCACAGCCACCUGGGAGCUGGCAGGGCGCCAGGGGUGAUGAAAGCACAGGGGAAUGGAAACAGCAGAGCGAGCCUGUCGUAAUCACUACGCCCACUUGCCGGCCUAUAAAGGAAGCGGGCGAGCCCCGGCAGCACCACGCACCUGGGCGCCUCUUGCCUCUUUCUUUGGCCUUCUCGCCCCGUGCCUUGCUGCCCGUCACUGCUGCCGCUAUGACCACCACCAUUCGCCAGUUCACCUCGUCCAGCUCCAUCAAGGGUUCCUCAGGCCUGGGGGGCUCAUCCCGCACCUCCUGCCGGCUGUCCGGCAGCCUGGGUGGCGGCUCCUGCAGGCUGGGCUCUGCUGGUGGCCUCGCUGGUGCCCUGGGCAGCAGCAACUACUCCAGCUGCUAUAGCUUUGGUUCUGGUGGCAGCUAUGGCGGCAGCUUCGGCAGCAGUGAUGGGCUGCUGGCUGGUGGGGAGAAGGCCACCAUGCAGAAUCUCAAUGACCGCCUGGCCUCCUACCUGGACAAGGUGCGUGCUCUGGAGGAGGCCAACACCGAGCUGGAGGUGAAGAUCCGCGACUGGUACCAGAAGCGGGCUCCAGGGCCUGCCCCCGACUACAGCCACUACUGGAAGUCCAUUGAGGACCUCAAGAACAAGAUCCUCACAGCCACCGUGGACAAUGCCAACAUCCUCCUGCAGAUCGACAACGCCCGCCUGGCUGCGGAUGACUUCCGCACCAAGUUUGAGACAGAGCAGGCCCUGCGCAUGAGUGUGGAGGCCGACAUCAACGGACUGCGCAGGGUGCUGGACGAGCUGACCCUGGCCAGGGCUGACCUGGAGAUGCAGAUCGAGAACCUCAAGGAGGAACUGGCCUACAUGAGGAAGAACCAUGAGGAGGAGAUGAAUGCUCUGCGAGGCCAGGUGGGUGGCGAGAUCAAUGUGGAGAUGGAUGCUGCCCCCGGCGUGGACCUGAGCCGCAUCCUGUCUGAGAUGCGCGACCAGUACGAGAAGAUGGCUGAGAAGAACCGCAAGGACGCCGAGGACUGGUUCUUCACUAAGACAGAGGAGCUGAACCGCGAAGUGGCCACCAACAGCGAGCUGUUGCAGAGUGGCAAGAGCGAGAUCUCAGAGCUGCGCCGCUCUCUGCAGGCUUUGGAAAUUGAGCUGCAGUCUCAGCUCAGCAUGAAAGCAUCUCUGGAGGGCAGCCUGGCAGAGACAGAGAACCGCUACUGCGUGCAGCUGUCCCAGAUCCAGGGUCUGAUCGGCAGCGUGGAGGAGCAGCUGGCACAGCUGCGCUGUGACAUGGAGCAGCAGAACCAGGAGUACAGGAUCCUGCUGGACGUGAAGACACGGCUGGAGCAGGAGAUCGCCACCUACCGCCGCCUGCUGGAGGGCGAGGAUGCCCACCUGACUCAGUACAAGCCAAAAGAACCCGUGACCACCCGCCAGGUGCGCACCAUCGUGGAAGAGGUCCAGGACGGCAGGGUCAUCUCCUCCCGCGAACAGGUGCACCAGACCACCCACUAAGGACUCGUCUUUUCAUAGGCAGUCUCCAGGCAAUGGGGAGUUAGCCACAGCCUGUCCCCACUACUAGCAGACCCCAACCUCUCCAGGCAACGAGAAGGCAGCCACAGCUCUCCACCACCAGAUCCCAACCUUUCCAGGCUCAGUCCCUGCUUCAAUCCCUUUUCCCCACCCACAUCUUUCUGCUUGACACCA